AAACACGGUCACACCAUUGGCAGAGUUUAUUUUUCAAUGCCGAUAAAAUGACGUUGCCCGACCUAGUGGCUAGUCUGUCAACGAAUCCCUACUUCGGUGCUGGAUUUGGUUUGUUUGGAGUUGGGGCUGCAGCGGCGAUAUUAAGGAAGGGACUUCAGGGCGGAUUGAUUCUUUUCCGACGACACUGCAUGAUUACUUUGGAGGUGCCUUGCCGGGAUAAAUCAUACCAGUGGCUUUUGAAGUGGAUCACCAUCAAGGGAGCGCGAAAGACCCAGCACUUAAGCGUGGAAACCAACUUUCUGCAACACGACAAUGGCCAAAUCAAGACAAGCUAUGAGUUCAUUCCCAGCAUCGGAAAGCACUUGUUUCAGUACAAAGGGAAUUGGAUCCAAGUAGAGCGAACCAGAGAGCAGCAGACACUGGACCUACAUAUGGGCGUGCCAUGGGAAACUGUGACCCUAACUGCAUUUGGGAACAAUAAGGAAAUCUACUUUGACAUCCUGGAGGAGGCACGACAUCUGGCCUUACAGGCAACCGAGGGAAAGACGGUCUUAUACACAGCGAUGGGAGCAGAAUGGAGGCCUUUUGGACACCCUCGGCGCAGACGUCCCACCGGAUCGGUAGUCUUGGAUCGUGGAACUUCCGAAAAAAUCAUCGCCGACUGCCAGGAUUUUAUCAAGAGCUCCCUUUGGUACACGCAGCGUGGAAUCCCAUACCGAAGAGGAUAUCUGCUUUACGGUCCACCUGGUUGUGGAAAGUCUAGCUUUAUUACCGCCUUGGCUGGCGCGUUAGAAUACAGCGUAUGUCUGCUGAAUUUGUCAGAACGGGGUCUAACGGAUGACCGACUUAAUCAUCUUCUAAAUGUCGCGCCAGAGCAAAGUAUCAUCCUGCUCGAGGAUAUCGAUGCAGCGUUUGUUUCCCGGGAGGCAACUGCGCAACAAAAGUCCGCUUUCGAUGGCCUAAACAGGAUCACUUUCAGCGGCCUAUUAAACUGUUUGGAUGGAGUGGGUUCAACAGAGGCACGAAUUGUCUUUAUGACCACAAACUACAUAGAUCGAUUAGACCCCGCUUUGAUUCGACCGGGCAGAAUAGAUCUAAAAGAGUACAUUGGGUAUUGUACAGAGUAUCAAUUGGAGGAAAUGUUCAAAAACUUUUUCGGCAAUAGUGAAACCCCCAAAGCGGCAGAGUUUGCCCAACGGGUAAAUUCGUUUAAUCGCAAUGCUAGUCCCGCCCAAAUCCAAGGAUUUUUCAUGAAGCACAAACUUUCUUCCCCGCAAACGGUUAUUGAUUCUUGUGAAGACAUUUGGGAAAAUGUCGCAAGUCCUAAUAAAAAAAACAAUUGAAA